AUGUGGCUUUUACAAGAUCAAAGCAUAUCCUGUGAGUGAUUGGAAAAAUGGAUUGCUUGGAAUCAAAUAGAUUAUGAAGAAGCUUUUUCAGCUACAUUAAAAAUUUAGACAUAAAGAAGACCUUCUGAUCCUUUUGGUCGUCUUCUGGAAUGCUUGCUUGGUAGGAUAGCUGCUGGCGUCACCACUUAGGAGUUAAAAGGCGGGCUUCCUGUCCUAAAUAGAGAAAAAGGUAAAAAUCUAAAUAAUUAGUAGUUUUUUGGGAAAUCAAGAGCUAAAGUAGACUAUAUAAUUGAAGAUAGUCAAGCUGAAGAUGAAAAAAAGGCGAACUUAAAAUUAUACACAUAUCACAGCUAAUAGAAUAAUUAGCAGCUCACAAGACAUAGAGAGUGAGUUCUUCGCAAAUAACGAGAAUGAGAAAAACUACGCUUAUGAGAAAAAUCCUUAUCCCUCUGAAAUUAGCAUUUUAUCAAGCAAACAAGAGAAUGCAUAAAUUCAUAGAAAAAACAGAAUUAAAAAUAAGAGUUAAAUUUCUUUAUACUAAAAUAGUUAAUAUUGUCUUAUAAAAAAACUAUUAUGGCGUCACUUAUAUGAACUAUUUUAACUACUGCUCAAGGAAUGGAAAUUAAAUGCAAUUCAAAUCAAUACUCACAAAUGAAAGUAAUUUAUGUGCAGAUCGGGGAUAAUAUAUGUGAUAAAAAUUGUAUGAGCCCAUUCUGCAACUUUGAUGCUUAUAUCUUAAUUAACGACGAACAGGAAUUUUCAUCGGAUUGGUUUUUGGGCAAAAAAUAGCGAUUUGUCUAAUGGUUUUGUUCACUCACGGAGGGGGGGGGAGUUAGAGGUUUUAACGUGCUUCUCUGAUUCCGCAGGGUGAUUUAAAUAAGCCACAAGGGCUCACCCCAGUAGACUCCAACUUGUGACGUCACCGGGCAUUUCCGACGUUACCCUUUUUAUCGGGCUGUGAACGAUCCUAAGCAAGCGACGGCCAAUUGAAGUCCAGAUCUCACGGGUUGCGUUGCCUUGCUUGAAACUUGACUCCUGCGUGCUGUACCGCCUAUGUAUCUCCUUCCUCGGGAGUGUCAAGUAGUAAAACCCUAUGUUCAUCAAACAUCCAGGAUCAGGCCAGGAGGCUGUGCACCCCUCCCCGUUGCUUACCUGAUAUUGCUGGAUAAGAUCCCAACGGGAAAACUGAACCCUAUAAUAAUAAAAUAGGUCAAAGGAGUGAAAAUUUUUCAUGGAAGAAUUUUCUGGACGACGCCAUUUUAUUAUUAUUUUCUAUAUCCUUACAAUCAUUUUUUUUUAUUCCUUUAUGUUUCGAGAAAUGUUCGAAUGCCAUUAUUUACUUCUUAGAUGAUGAAGAUUAUUUUAUUGAUAUCGACUUGGCUAUUAUCCCAUCGUGAGUUCAUAUUUCUUUUUAUCAGCACUCAAGAAAUAUUCUUAUGGUUUCUUGGAAUGGAAAUCAGAUAAGGGUUAAACAGAAAACUCCUGAAGCUGUGCGAUAUAAUCAAAUAUUUGAAUUCUGAUAUUCUUCCUUACUCCCCCCCUCCGUGAAUGAACAAAACCAUUAGAAAAAUCGCCAUUUUUUGCCCAAAAAACCACCCUCCGUGAGUGAACAAAAAUUUUUUAUGGAAAAAAAUUUUUGAUAUAUAAAUUAUAAUUAGUAUAAUGAAAUCUAGAGCUGAUUCUGUUUAAUUUUAAACGAAUUGCUUUUUAAAACAUAAAUUUUUAUAAAUUAAAUUAAUAUUUGCUUUCAAAUUUUCGCGAAUUAGGAUUUUUAAAUUUCGAAAAACAAAAUUUUUAAUAAAAUUUAUAUAUAAAUUUUUUUUAAAAAAAAAAUUAACCCCUCCGUGAGUGAACAAAAUUUUUUUGUUCACUCCACGGAGGGGGGGGAAAUAGAAAUCAGAAAUUUGAUAUUUGAUGGACAAAAUUUUAUCACUUGCUCUAAUAGCGAAUACUGUUAUUACUGCCCAUAUGUUUUUUCCAAUUCAGAUUCUUCUAACUCGCCCCCUUUGUGAGCAAACAAAAAUCUAUUCGCUCAUGAAGUGGGGUUAUUUGUUUUUUAAAAUUUAAAAAAAUUCCACUUCGUAAAAAUUCGAAAGCAAAUAUUAAUUUAAUUUGUAAAAUUUAUGUUUUUUAAAACGCAAUUUGUUUAAAAAUUAGACAGAAUUAGCAAGAGAUUUCAUUACAUUAAUUAUCACUUAUAUAUAAAAUUUUUUUCCAUAAAAAAUUUUUGCUCGCUCUGGGUUUUUGGGCAAAAAAUAGAGAUUUUUUCCAAUGGUUUUGUUCGCUCACGGAGGGGGAGUAAGCAUUAUAAUGAUAGGCAUGAAGAAAUCUCUGAAUAUUUAAGCUCACCUUUUUGCGAGUAUCAAGGCGAGUAUUAUUGAUUUUUGAUUAUUAAUAGUAACCUAACCCUCACCAAUGUAACUUUCCAAAAUUUUCGAUUUGGCUUUAAAUCAUUAAUGGAUAUAGGAUGCAACAGUAAUCUUACUUUAGCAAUGUAA